AUGAAAUUCUCACAAUUAUUCUUUGUAACACUUGGCCUCUUGGCCUUUAUUAAUUCUUUUGUAUCAGCAGCUGGCGUCUUUGAUUUAAAGGCGACACCUGGAAGUUCUGGUAUUUUAGAAGUUAAUUGGACAAAAAAUGAUGCUAUCGCUCAACAAAUUAAUGAAACUCAACCUAGUUCAGGUGAUCCACCAGCUGCUGAAUCAACUGGUUCAAGUGAUCCACCAGUUGCUACAUCAACUGGUUCACCAUCACUUAAUGCAGCAGCUACCCCUAAUCCACAAGCUAAUACAACGGCACAAACUAAUACAACGGCUUCUCCAUCUGUUCCACAAGCUAAUACGACAGCUUCCACACCUGUUCCAUCUACUCAACCUUCCACACCUCCUGUUAAAAGAGAAAAUUCUGUUUCAAAAAGCAAAUCAAAAAGCAAAUCAAACGAUAAUUGGAGAAAUGAUAAAUCUAGGAAUAGGAAUAAUAAUAAGUUUGAUCUCUUAGUUGUUAUCACUUGCGAAUCUAUUGGAUUUUAUGACUCUGUGUUCGGAAGAUACAAUGAUGGAAAACUUAGCUAUAAUUUAUACGGACCCGCGAUAAUUCGAGGAGUAAAAAUAUUAAAUCCUACGGUGAUAGUAGGGGCGAUAGUAAAGGCGAUAGUAGAGGCGAUAGUAGAGGCGAUAGUAGGGACGAUUCAAUUAUAUGUACUGUUUUAG